AUGGCUUCGCACAAUCGUACCCAACUGCGCCGAAUCAACCACGCUGCCGUCUCCGUGGCACACAUUGAGGGCCGUCGUGUCCUGCGGUCCGAGGCCCCACACGCUGGGAUCUUUCACCUUUACCCAGAGGAUUUAAACGAAGUCAAGAUCGCUUAUAUGGCCACCGGCAAUGGUGUCGGCUUUGAGUUCUUCGAGUUCAUCGACCCCUCGCACGUUCCCCCUGCCGGCUCGUUCCAGUAUGCCCUCGGUGGUUUCCACAUCUGA